AUGGCAAGCAUUGAUGAGACGCUUAGGGAGGCUAUCGAUCAGUAUGUGGAUGCUGAUUUGAUAACCGAUGAGCUCAAAGAGGUGACGCUUAAAAAAGUUUUGGAAGCUUUGGAUGCCAAGCGCAUCGAGCUGCUGGACAUUGUCCUUCACUUGGAGAAGGUGAUGAAUGAUGCCAGCAAUCCGACUGGACGUAGGCAUGCGAUUCAAUUUCUAGCGGAGUGCCUCAGAGACGUGGCACAGCUCAAGAUGAACUUCAAGCAUGUGGAGACGUUUGCCAGCUUCUUCUCUUCCAAGCUGAGCGAUUGGCAGUGCGUAGAGGGCGCUGUCGGCGGAAUUCUGGCUCUGCUGCGGCGGCAGGGAGCGUUAGUGCGUACUCUGAAGAAGGAGUUGCCGGACGGAGCCGAGGAGCCGCUUGCCUUGUACCUGGCGCGAUCAAUCUUCAAGGAGGUUCACACGCCUUCCCACACGCAGGCUGUUAGAAAAAUGGUGCUGGACACAGCCAUCCUCCUCAUGGAAGAAUGGCAGUCAGACCUGGCCAUGCUUGGGCCACAGCUUGGCGAGGGCGUGGCAGCCACCAUUGAGGAAGAGCGAGAUCCCCGAAAUUUGCUGGUGUCUUUCAUAGUCGUGAAGAAGGCCUUCCAAGAUUUCCCACCAGAGUGCAUCACCAAUGAAGCAGUCAUCACGCUGUUUGAGACACUUUCGUCAUACUUCCCGAUCACGUUUGAGCCCCCAAAGGGCGACAAGAUUGGCAUUACAGGGGAAGAUCUUCGCCAAGGUUUGUCACAGGCGCUGUGUUCCAGCGAUCGAUUGGCGAGCUAUGUUGUGCCUUUCCUUCUUGAUGCAAGCAAGGACAUCGAGGCGGACAGCGACGCCACAGUCGAACAAGCCAUGAGCACACUGCAGUUUUGCCUGGAGAAGUAUGGGCCACAAACCGCACAGAAGUUCCUCAAGGACAUCAUAGCCACCGCCAGAGACCAGGUGUGCCGCACAAAGACGACAUGCGGGUCGGAGUUCUGUGCUGCAGUCACCAAAGCUUUGCAGAUUGCCAUGAAAGAUGUCCCCGCCGGCUUGCAUCCCCAUUGGUUAUCAAAGGAUGUAUCUCCGGAAUUGAAGGAGAUUGCAGAGGAUGCUUCCCGAGGCCGCAUGUCUUUGGCUUCUGACGGUGCUCGUCAGCUUCUGCUUGCCAUGGCCCGGGCACACCGAGUGAUGUUUGAGUGCACAUGGCGGCCAAUCAUGGAUGCAUUUCUUGUACCACCCAAGCCUGAAAGUACCGAAAGCGCCUUCGGCGUCGAUGCACUGUCCUUCCUGGUGGACCUCCUUCUGAUGAGGCCCAAGGGCAGCCUCUCGCCUAAGCAGCUGCAGCCAGCGCUGGCUGGAUCCCUCGCGAGCCUUCUCUCCAUACACCCGUACAGAGAAGCUGGUGACGACGAGAUGCAAAGCGAAAGACCAAAGAUGUUCUGCAAGGCGGUGGAGCUGGUUGGGCACCUGUCCCUUGGCGUGGGCGAUGGCAACUCAAAAGAAGCAUUUAUGGCUCUGAGGGAUGCGCUGCUUGGUGGUGGGUCGAAUGGUGACGGAGGAAGUCACGCUGCCUGGGCACAGACAUGGUAUGCAGAGUUGUCGGUGAAACCAGCCACCGACAAGUGCGUGGCAUCGUUGGUAGAUGUCGUAUGCAAACUUGUCGCCAGCCAGCCAGGCAGAGCAACUGAAUUUGCCAAAUCGCUGCAGAAUGUUACGCUGAAUGCGUCACCGUGGCUCCCAUAUGUGCUUCCGAAGCUGCUGGCCUACACAGCAAUGAGCCUGGCAAAAGCCAAGCAAGCUCAGCCGGACCAGCACGAAGGAGCAGAAGACCUCAGCAGCAAGUUGCUGCAGCGUGCAGCCACAAUCUUCAAGCAGCAUGGAAGCGGGCACUUCGAGGUCUUGGGAGCUUUUGCUGAUGCGCUCGAGGCGCCGGGCGACUGCAGCUGGGUUUCGGAGCAGCUCGCGAAAGCUCUUGGAUUGCCAGACACCAUCCCAGAGCUCGUGGAGGGUUUGUCGACGGAUCUGGAGGGAGGAAGCUUGCCUUCUGUUGACACCGUCCUGCGGCGUGCGGAGGCUUCUCGGCGCUUCAUGCGCGUGCUCUGCCGCCACUUGCCUGAGCAGCAGGCUACGGCUGUGCAACGUCGUCUGCUGGAGUCGGUGGCGCUGAGCUCGUACAACGUGCUGGCCAACUGCACGGCGUUACUGCCCGGUGUGCUGCCUCAAGCUGCGGGGCAUAGCUGGAGUUUUUGUCGCAAGACGAUGCCUGCAGUGUGCCGCCUGGCUUCUGGGGCUGACCCAGACCUUGUCAACUCGCCAGGUGCAGAGGCCCUUGCCCUGCAGGCCCUGGAGUCCUUGGUCGAGUCCUGCCCAGACGAUGAGGUGACGGCACUGCUGCAGAACUUCCGGGAAACUUUCGGGCAAUUGCUGAGAGGCCAGAGCUCGGGGAGUGAUCGUGCCAGCCGGGGUGCGGCAACGUGCUGGGCCUCUGCCACGGCGGCACUGCUGCGACGGGGCAGUUGCUCCGAACAGGCUGGCAGCUUUCUCGAAGCCCUCCUGCAAGCCUUGGACGAGGAAGCCCCCGUAGGGCCGCACGUUCCGGCAGCUUUUCGGGUUUUGGCACCGGUGAAGGUGGACCCGGCGAAACAAGCCAGAGCCACACUUCCACCCAUCGCUUUGCAGCAGCUCUCACGAACAGUUCUGCCAUCUUUGGUGAAAAGAGCAAAGGCCCUGGGCGGUGCUGCCUGGGCCCGGCGGGCAGCUUUAGAGAGCGCUGUGGCUUUGCUGGCGGCGCUGUCUGUGGAGGUUGCUUGUGGCGACUGCAGUGACGAAGUACGGUGGUGCACGCUGACUGGGCUUAAGCGCUUGAAAGAAAGCGCGCCAGCUGCAAAUGCUGAGCAGGGCGGCAUCUUCGCGGUGCAGGUCCUGCAGCUCCUGGUGCGCGCCAUCCAGCAGAAAGAAUCCUGGGUUGAGGACGAGCUUCACUCCAUAGUCGGUCCGCUGUGCGAGCUCUGCGGCGCCCACUGCAAACCAUUGGUGCGGCUCGGGUGCUUUCAGGUUCUUAUGGCGUUGAUCCAGCAGGCUUUCGGCCACCUGUCUCCUUUCAAAAAGGAGAUUCAGGCUGGCUGCAAGAGGGGCGUGGAGGAUCGAUGCAGAGAGGUCAGACUACUGGCUGUUGCAACGCUGAACACCUGGCACUGCAUCGGGGCGCAGACCUGA